GAAGCGAUGAUAAUUUUGUCGCCUCUUCAUUCACGGUCCGGUUGCAUGUGGGUGGCUUGGUGGCAAAAUGAUCAUUAGAUUCUAUAUCAAAGCGGUCAUUAGAAAAUCUGUACAUAGGACUCAGCAGCAUUGGAUACAUAAACUGUCGCUGGACCCACCUUCAGUCAGCUGGUGCAAUCAACCUUAUUUAUUUUAUCAUUAUCCCCCCCCCUUGAAGAGCAAACUCCUCACUCAUCGUCUACAUAACUCGAACUCGAAUUUUGGCAACCGGAUCAGCAAAAAUGAAACUUAUAUUUAUUGGAGUCGCUUUGAUCGCUUUUGCUUCUCUUUUGGAGGGUGUUAAAGCAGGAUUAGUGAUCAAAACGUUGGGUGGUAAAUCAGGCUCAGGUGGGAAGGUCGUGCAUGUUGGACGGGUGAAAGGAGGCCACGUAGCUCCGGGGAAAUCUCAGACGGGGACUCGUUCAAUAAUGUACGGUGGAGGAUGGUGGAUGGAACCAACAUUUGGAUGACUUCGAUCGGCUUCACCCAUCCUACAUUCUCGUUUCAUUUCAUUCCUUUUUCUCCUUGUGGAUCCCGCCCAUCUCUAUCCACUCCCUUCACCAAACCCACAAGGUCAUUUUAAUUUGUUAACGAGUCAAGAAAAAAUCAAUCGCAGAAUGGUUUCUAUUUGAUCCUUCUAUAAUCUAUCCAACACUCCAGUAUUAAUGCAUCAAUCGGAAUUAUAAAUAAAUACUUACACUCUUUCUAUGGACCCAAUGAAAAAAAAAGUUACCUGCUUGAA